CCCUCGGCGGCGUUACGUCAUAUGGAACUAUCCAGGUUCCAAACGGAGGAAACGUUCACGUCAAUGCGCAAGUGAAAGGGUUUGGCAAGCUCCGCGAGGCAGUGAAGCUAAGUAAAACGGGAAAAAAACCCCAACCAAAACAACCAUCAUUCAAGGGUGAAGAUGAAGAUGAAUUCAUUAUCUGUACUGUGUCUGUUACUUCUUUUGUUUCACACCCAUUUCACAUUGGCUAAGAAAGGGGGCGGUAGCUUUGGGAAAAGCUUCAGCUCAAAGAAGUUCCCUACAUCAAACCGAGGCACUAAUACAGGCCAGAAAAAUAAUCAGGGUGGAUACCCCAAACAGCCUGGACAAACCAAUCAAGGAGGCUACCCUCCGCAGCCAGGAAGACCUGGGUAUCCGGGCGGCUACCCUCAGCAGGGGGGUGGAGGAGGGUACCAUAACCAGUAUCCAGCACGGGGCUCCCCAUAUGGAGGAGGUUAUGGCGGUCAUGGAGGUUAUGGCAGUCAUGGAGGUUAUGGCGGUCAGGGAGGUUAUGGAGGUUAUGGAGGUUAUGGAGGUGGAUACAUCAACCAAAACCCCAACAACAAAAUCCUGAGCCCUCACUAUGGUGGCAGCUUUGGUUACGGGGGCUACGGUGGUGGGCGUGGCUCUCCCUUUUCCAACUCAGUUCAGGCAAUGGGGGUGUAUCCCCAAGAUAACUCCAGAGGGUUUGGGCGCAGUGCAGUAAUGGCAGCAGCUGGAGGGGCGAUGGCAGGAAUGGCUCUGGGCUACGGGCUAGGGAGGUUCCCUCGUCCUCCCUUCCACUUCCACAACGCCCAGGAAGAGCAUUACUACAACCACUACAUGUACAGGAAAUAUGGCGUCAAGUCUACUGAUAACGAUGACUACAGCAGAGACUACAAGUACAGCCAACCACCUCGGUCCUAUGACAGCUUCAUGGACUCAUGCAUGAAGAGAACAGACGUUCUGCCUGAGGAGAAUCAAAAGCCAAAAAACAAACCAGCUGCCGCCACAACCACCACUACAACUACUGUUGUCACCUCAGCUCCAGACACUGGCACAAGCAGCAACAAAACAGAAACCAACAGUACUGCAGCAGAACAGUCGUCAGCAUCUGCAUCUACCACUCCUCGCUCUCUGAAUCGGCCUGAAGCCAGUCCUGUGCCUCCAGCUUCACAGGCUGUCAGUGAGGCUGAUGACGAUGAUACAGUCAGUGUUGUGGAGAUCGGCUAUCCGGCACUGAUUGAGCAGCUGAAGGCCAGGAGAUGUUUGGAGCUGUACAUGGUUUACUCUGAAAAGUACUUGAAGAGAGAGACAGGAGGGGUGCAGGGACUGGAGAUGGGCUUGAAAGGGCUUUUAGCUGUGGUCACCAGUACAAUACUGAUGCUACUGAACAGCAACAUACUAAUGUUGCCGCACUGAGGCCUUCAUUAACAGUGAAAAUGAUGGAGAAUGUGUCCAAGAAUUUCACCAAACAGAUGGAAAACAUUUAUGGAGGGAUUAAUCUCUUACAGUUCCUUUUUAGGCUGCAUGUUUGAAAUAUGUAUUAAUGGAAAGGAAAUCAAAAGUGUUACAAGAAAUUGCACUCCCCUUUUACUCCUCCUCUUCUGAAAGAGAAAGGGCCCAUUAACUGUACUCUGAUGCACGAUUGUGAUGGUGGUGAGAAAUUUGAUCCAUUAAUGUCCAUUUAGAUUUAAUUUAACAGGCUCUCUAGCCAUAUAAUUGAUGAGUGGCACCAGCUCUGACUCAUCUCUGUGCUUUUAAAACAUAUUGACUGGCUAGGAUCUUUGUCCUUUCUAUGUCUCAGAGGAAACAGCAUCUGAGAGGGUUAGUCGGCACCCACGGGUCCGGUACAGUCUCUGUCAUGGUGAUGAUCUGUAUAAAUAAACUGCUUUGCAAUGAUAGAGAUGUGCUUUAAGUAUGAUAUAAUUUCAUCAACUCCAGACACAUUUAUGUUCAAUGACUCUGUUUCAAGGGCAGAGUUGGAAAACUGAACUUGUUCGAUAUUCAAUUAGCCUACUAUCCCCAAGACUGCUAGUAUCAGUGUUUUAGACUGGGAGGUUUUACACUAUAAGCAUGACUGGGUGUUUGUAAUGGAUCAUAUCUACUGAUGUGUUUGUAGCGUGAAACAUAUGUGAACUUUUAUCAUAUAAGGUCCACUGAGCCACAGAAACCCAAACCAAAAAGGCAGAUGAUUAUAUCUGUGGGUACUUAUUUAAUUCGGAUAAACAGAUUCUCUAAACAGACAGUUGCUGUUGUCCUAAUACGCCUAAAAUGACAGACUUUGAAGUCAAUGCAAGCAAAGAUCACUUUCUCUGAAUGUUUAUUCAUUUUUCCAUGUGUACUGCCUUCACUUUGUAAAGUAUAUUGUAUAUUUUCUCAUAUUUUUCUAUAUACUUCCCUCCCUCCCGUCGCUUGUCUGUCCAGUGUUUUGCCUCUCAUCCCGGUCUCUGGUGUAGCUUGUGAUUGUAGAAGGGCUCUUAAAGUAUAAGACUCCUGAACCACUAAUUCUGCAAUACAUCUCCCAAAGCUACUGAGUGUUAUCUUGCAUUAUCAGCUGAGCUUCACCAAGCUUGAUUAUCACAAUAAUACUUUUUAUGGAAUUGAUUAUGGAAGCUGAUGACUUCAAAAAAACAUUUUAAAUAGGCACUGUCUGGAGUUUGAAUUGCAAAAAGUUCAUACUCAAAACUUCUUGACAAAACACAAACGUGACUAACACACAAUCCCUACUACUAGAAACAAUGUUGGUAUAAAGUCGUCUCCUCAACCUUAGCUUAGUCAAUCAGGGAGAAGCUUCACCACUAACACCUUCUGCCUUUUGAUUGUUCUGUUUAGAAAUCUCUCGCUGCUCUCCGCGAUUCGCUUAUCACUGAACUAUAAUGACAACACUUUUUAUAGUUAGUAGACAGUAAAACAAUCCCUGACCCCAAGUGGUAAAAAGUAACAAAAAAAACCCACAGUGGACUUUUAAUGUGUUGUCGUAUGUAGCCAAUGUUAUCAUGUGUCUGGCUUUGAAUGUAUCUGAAAAUGCACAUUAAUCACUUGUAAAGACAUGAAUGCCUUCUCCUGUGACGGUUCACAUUUACUGUGCUGUUGGAGGUUCUACUGAACACUGAGCUUUGACUCGCAUUUUAUGCUUUCUGGUCAAAUAAACUUCUUAACUUUA